AUGGAUUUGGGCCGCUGCACGUGGGGAGGCCCCACAUUUCAUUGGACGCUUCCUCGACGAACAUCACCAGAAAAAGCCUGUGAAGGACGUAUGCAGGACUUGGCGAAGCGUUGGUCCUCGGAGUUGAGGUGCGCUUGGGCCAAGGAGGCUGAUGGGCCGGAGCUCCCGCCAGAGCUCUUGGAGAAGCUUCGACCUGGCGCUUUCCAGGGCCGUGGUGUGCUCGCGAUCUUCAAGCCCGCAGGGGUCAGUAGUGAAGCGGCUGCCGAGCUGCUCCAGGCGGACGCCUCUUCGGCCGGUUGGACUGGAAAGCUCACGUUGGUCUCGCGACUGGAUCGUCAGACCUCCGGCGUGCUGCCCUUGGCCGUGGGGUCUGACUCCGCGGCAUCUGGCAGCUUGGCCUGGCUCCAGGCGCAGUUUGCCGCGCAGCAGGUGAGCAAGGAAUACCUGUGCCUUUGCUGCGGCACUCCGCCGGCCAGAUCCGGCCGCCGGGUCAUUGACUCACCCCUACGGCUGCAGCGUUCACGCCCCUCCAUUGGCGAACCAUGCGUGGUGAAUCAUCCACGUGGAAAGGAGGCGCGGACGGAGUAUGAAGUCAUCGAGGUCUUUGGGACCAGUGCGUCGCAGGUGCUGUGCUUGCUCCGGGUGUGCCCAGUAACCGGCCGGACGCAUCAAAUCCGUGCACACCUGGCAUCUGUGGGACUGCCCUUGGUGGGAGACCGAAGCUAUGGCGACCCCAGCAGGUUCACCUGCCGCACCUUCCUCCACUGCCGCACCGUGGCGCUGCAAGACCUCCACGGCGCGCCCUUCCGCGCGGAAUUUCCUCUGCCCGAGGACCUUCAGCGAAUUCUGACGUCGCUCAGGGCGGCGGAACAAAAGGAGAGACGGAGCGUUGCACCGACCAAGAGAGACGAGGAGCGUAGGACUGACCCAGAUGGAGCGGUUGCGGAAUUCUCAGACCAAGGCAUGGGACUGCCUUGGGACCUCACCCCGGAUUUGGGACCAGCCGGAAAGUACAAGUCCCGAGCCAGAAGUACACUCAGUGUUGUUGCGGACCACUUGGAUGCAGUACAGUUGCACCGAAGCUGGCUGGGCAGUCACCCAUGGCCGGAGGGCUGUGGGGCUAAGCUGGGUUCGGGGGACCUUUUCCUGGGGCAAUGGGGGGUUAGUUGGGCCAAUCGCAUUUAG